CAAUGGCCGCUGUGAUAUUUCUCUACGUCUUCCUGUAUGAUUCCUGAAAGUGUCUUCCUUUCUCCCAAGCUCAUCCUGCUCUUCCAGAAUUUUAAAAGCUGUUUAUUGCUUUCCUGGCUUUGGUACUGCAGUAAUCGGAGGAAAAGCAGCUAUGCAGGAACCUCUGAUCGUGACUCUCGUAUCCGCAACAAUUUUGGUUUUGUUUACAAACUGUUUCUGUCAGUCCGUAAUAAGAGAUAGCCUACAGACUCCAGGAAAUAUUGUCAUCACUGAAACUUACCUGGAAUCCACUCCUGACGUUCUUGCGAAAGACAUUGCUCCUGACUUUACGUUUGCUGUGUGGGACCCUAGUGGAAAAAUCUGCAUACUUGCGAAAUUCUCAGCUUCAUUUACAAUAACGUACCCAAGCCAAGGAGGAGAACAAACCGUAUCUGUAAAUCUACCAGAAGACGCACAAGCCAAAGGACGCUGUGGCGCAGAAGAUCAGGAACCUAUCCUGGAAUUAUUUUGGCCAGGGUUUCGACUAGUUAUGACGUUCACACUGGUUAAUCCAAAAGAUAAACAAGACACGUGGGAGCUCCUGUCCAUGGAACUAGUUUAUAAUACUGCUAGUCCAAUUUUUGACGGUGCCUCGAACGCUGGUAAAACAACUUCUCGUAGUUUGGAAGAUGGUCUUUUCAGAACUCAGUAUGGAAAAUCCUAUUUCUGUCCUUCGCCUGAUGUGAUACCGAUGUACAACUCUAAGAAAGAAAAAGUUGUAUUGGCUAGAAUGAAAGAUGCUCAUCUUCAAGUGUAUGAUGUGCAUAAGGGCCAAUUCUCACAGUUUCAACGUUGCAGUUUAGUAAGGAUAGGAGGGGUACCAGAACCGUUCGCUCAAGACCAGACUGUGCCCAUUGCUGUGGGCAGCACAUUAGCAGUUGUAUCAGUUCUUGUGGUCAUAGGAUACGCCCUAUGGCGAAAUAUGGCUGUUAGAAAGACGGAAUAUGACACAAUGGAAUGACUGAACAAAAAAUAUUAAUUUCAACGAAUAUUGCAAAUGCAAGCCUGAAUACAGUGUGUUUCGAGUACAUGGUAAAAAUAAUUUAGAUUUUCCUAUAUUUAUUUAUUUAUCGUCAAACAGAAAGAAUCCGGUAUUAAUAAAAACUAAUUCUUCAUAUGUACGGUAUAUAAAAAUAGAACACAAAUUUAAGCCCAUCUAAUAAGAUUUCUUUUUAACAUUAAAAUGUUAUUUUUACUUGUUCACUCCCAGUAUAUACAUAAAAAUAAUCUAUGUAAGUAUGAUAUAGAGUUUUCCUGUUUCAUUUUUAGUAAAAUUUUAAAAGAGCGAGUAUUUCGUAGCAAGUUGAGGUUUAUUGACCUCAGGAAAUAGCAGAGAUGGAAUUUAGCAAAACGUUCUGAAUUACCACCAUUAAAUGUAAUGAAAGUAAUGAAUUACCACCAUUAAACCACCAUAUGCCCAUGCAGGUUUUUGAAAAAAUACAUUCCUUUUUGAUUUCUUUAAUCUCUGAUAGAUUUAAGAGUUUGCAGCUAUGGUUAAGUGCUGCAUGAUAAUGAAUUAUUUUCAUUUUCUUCUUAGAUGCAGUCACAGUUAACCUAGAAUUCAGUAAUCUAAGAUUAAC